AUGGCGACCCCGACCGCGUUGCCGCCGCUUCCCUUCAACCCGUCGCGCGUGCGAUCAUAUCUCCUGCGGUUGCCACUAUUCACGCGACUGGUGCUGUUGGUGAUUCUUGUCUUCUGGCUAUUGGAGUUCCAAACUGUUUGGAGCGUAGUGCAAUGGGGAUCUCUGAUUCCCGACGAGAUUAAUUUCGGUACUAUGUACCGAUUGAAUACCUACCCUCUGAUCCACACCGGAUUUUUCCACGCAGCGCUGAACACCGUGGCUCUGACGCCGCUCUUGGAGCGAUUCGAAGCCGAACAUGGUACUCUUACUUCGAUCGCCCUUUUCCUUGGACCGUUGUCAACUCUUCCCGCGGGUUUCUACCUCUUGAUUGAGAGGGCGAUCUUGCAUUGGAACACCCCGGUGGUGGGCGCAAGUGUCUGGGUGUUCUUGCUUUUGGGCUCCGAGGCCAUUCGGACAUUCAAGUCUCACCCGUACUUCAGUCUUGGUCCUUACAAGAUUCCCACCUGGACAUCACCUCUAUUUGCCUGUGUUGUGUUGUCCAUUCUUGUGUCCAACGCAAGCUUUUUGGGCCAUCUUGGUGCAAUUCUCGUUGGCUAUCUCUUCGGUCUUGGAUACCUUAAGGUCUUUGUACCCCCAGAGAAGGUUCUGCGAUGGAUUGAGGGCAAGCUUAACCUCUUGGGUCGCCUGCCUCACUACGUGUCGGUGGAUCAGAAAACAUAUGGCCGAUAUGGAGUACUCCCAUCUUCCAACGCCGCUGGUAAUGGAAGCCCAACACCCCUGACCUACUUGGGAGCUGCGAUCCGCAAUUUGCGCAAUAACCCUCAACUUCUCUUCGUUCGCCUGCCGCCGGUGCUAUCGCUCCUUUGCAUCGUCGUCGGCGUGGCCUGGCUCCUCCUCCUUCCCUUGAAUGAAUACUCCCGCAAUACCUACAUCUCCGAGAAUGCGCUCUUACCAGGCCAAGUCCAUGCAUACUUCACCGGAAGCGAGCAGAAUAUCUUCCGCGGUUACAGACGAGAGCUGGAAGGAUUACUGAACGAGGGUCAAAAGGGUGGGGACAGUCAAGAUGAGGCGGAAUUGACUCCAGCGAUCUCUACCAAAAUCCAAUCGAUUCUUCAGGUUGCGGGCUUGAAGGUUGCGACGCAGAAGUAUGAGUACACUUCGGCGGGGAUCACCCACCAGGGCGAGAACACCUAUGGCAUUAUCCACGCGCCCCGAGGCGAUGCGACAGAAGCGAUCGUGCUAGUAGCUGCAUGGAAAACGGCUGAUGAUGAGUUGAACCUGAAUGGUGUCACAUUGGCUCUGACCUUGGCAAGAUAUUUCAAACGCUGGUCGCUAUGGUCGAAGGAUAUUAUAUUCCUCUUCACCCCUGAUAGCAAAUCCGGAACCCAGGCAUGGAUUGAUGCCUACCACGAUCUCCACCCGGUAUCGGUUCAACCACUUCCGUUGAAGAGCGGCGCCUUACAAGGUGCGCUUGUCAUCGAGUAUCCAUUUGACCACCGUUUCAAGAACCUGCAUAUCGUGUAUGAUGGUGUCAAUGGCCAGUUGCCGAAUCUGGAUCUGUUCAACACGGCAGUGGCUAUUGCAGGAGGCCAAAUGGGUAUUGGUGCCAAUCUGCAAGAAAUGUGGGAGCACGAUGACAGCUACGAGGCGCGCCUGCAGACUAUGCUGCGUGGCAUGACCAAACAGGGUCUUGGAUACGCCACAGGAGCUCACAGCAGUUUCAUGCCUUACCACAUUGAUGCCAUCACUUUGCAAACCAAAGGUGAAGGCUGGGAAGAUGAGAUGGCAUUGGGACGGACCAUCGAGAGUCUAUGUCGCAGCUUGAACAAUCUUUUGGAGCACUUGCACCAGAGCUUUUUCUUUUAUUUGCUAAUGCAGUCCAAUCGUUUUGUCAGCAUUGGAACUUAUCUCCCUAGCGCCAUGCUUAUUGCUGGGAACUUUACUAUCAUGGCGAUUGCAUUGUGGAUGCGAACGGGCUAUCAUCCGGACACCAAAUCCAAAAAGCUCACCAACCCCAAGCCUACAGAGAAGACCACCGAUGCUUCGAUGCUUAAAAAUGCAUCAGCACCGGAACCCAGUGGACAUCCGGUUGCAGAGCGUCUGCUAGCUUUACCACUCACCCUGGUCACUGGUCUUCAUCUGCUCGGUCUGGUCCCGCUCUGGACUUUUAACACACUUCCCCAUCAGCUUUUCACAACCGUCACCUACGCCUUCGUCGCCGUGGACAUUGUUUUCCCUUUGCUUCUGGCCGCCCUCCUCCGUAACGGCUUGGGUCUAUUCACACCCCUCGUUCCACAACAGUAUCUUUUGAUCAAAUCAUUUGCCCUGCUACUCUUGGGAUUGUCCCUUUCCACCCUGGCAACCCUCAAUUUCUCCCUCUCUUUCAUGAUCGGUCUUCUCUGUGCACCGCUCAGCUUCAUCAACCGUCUGCAAUGCACAUCGGCGGCCAAACGGUACGCCUUUUCGGGCGCUGGAUUGGUGUUACUUAACCUCCUUUCCCCACCAACCGUUCUUCUGGGCGUCUGUUGGUACACCGGCGUAUCUGUCGAGACGGUCUUGACACAGGCUGCUUUCGGCUGGAAUGUCUGGGGCAUGUGGACCCAAGUCGUGGUAUGGUGUGUUUGGUGGCCAGCUUGGUUGAUUGGAUGUGUCUUGUUGGGAUCAUCUAUGUUCUAA